AUCUACAGAUCUACGAUCUAUAACUACUCUUGAGCUUCACUACUCUGCUACACUGUUCUUCUCAUCGAUCAACAAGCCUCGCUUCUCGAACCAACUAUCCCAGCAAUGGCGUUCAUCCUCACUCCACGAAUGGCACCCGCCUACGAGGCACAGCAGUGCAACCCCUUCGGUUUCUGCGCUCCAGUUUCACGACCCGCACACGGCUACCGCGUCUCUCGUCCUCAGCCUCGCCGCCCACAAUACUCGCCCUACAACAACUUCUUCAGCCAGGUCGAUGAGCUCCUGAGCGAGAUCGACCGCGAAGCACAACGCGAGGCACAGCGUAAGGCUCAGAUCGAGGCCCACCGAGAGGCACUACGCGAAGCUUACCGCCAGCGGCAGCUACAGCGCAAGCGUGCACUUCGAGCCGACUUCCAGGUCAACCAGGUCGAGCAGGGAUGGCAGGUGGAUGGAGACAUCCAGGGCUUCGAACAGGACAACAUCAACAUUGAGGUCAUCGACGAGCACACACUGAAGAUCGCUGGCAACACCCAGUGGCAGUCGGAGAAGUCGCAAGCUCAGCCACAGCAACCUCAGAUCGAAGCCGAGCCCACAUCCGCAGCUAGCAUUGAGCAGCCUGCCAUCACACAAUCAGAACCAGAAGUCGAGACCACCACCGAGGUCGAGACUCCCACUACUCGCGCCGCUACACCCGACAGCGAUACUUCAUCGCACAAGUCAUACCAGCCAACUGUUGAAGACGACUUCGAAGACCUCGCCGCUGACUUCCCAUCGUCUCGACCAUCAUCUCCCACCGAGCCACGCGAACCCAAGGGCAAGGAGAAGGCAGUCGAUGAGCCUAAGAAUACCGAGACCGCUGUGGUCACCCAGCCACAACCCGAGGUACCGGUUCAGCAACCUCAGCAACAACCCCAGGAGCAGCCUCAACAACAAGAACGUGUGCACGGAUCCUUCGAGCGCACAUUCAGGUUCCCAGAACGCAUCGAUGCCGCCAAUGUGAGCGCUAGCCUCAAGGAUGGUGCGCUCAAGGUGAAUGUUCCUAGGGCGCAGGCUCCACAGAUCAGGAGGAUUGCUAUCUUAUAGAGGGAGGGAGGAUAAGCGGGGAGGAGUAAUGGCAGACAAGGGUAUGAUCGCGCGGAAUGGAGUCUUGGAUAGCAUACGCAUGGAACAGGAACGGUUUUGUAAGAUAUUGGCACACGACGGUUGGCUAUCGGUAAUGAAUC